GCGCCGCGCGGAGCCGCAGCGAUAACCCCGCGCGGGCGGCGGAGGCCCUGCGGGCAAGGUCCUGCGCGCGGCCGGCCGGGUCCUCGGUGCCCACUUGCCGCCGCCUGGCAGGGGCCAUCCCGCGGCCCUGGGCACCUGGAGCGCCCCUGGAUGGAGCGGCGCGUUCUCCCCGCGGGGACGCAGCGCGGGCGGCGGGCGCGGGGCGCGGGGGGCCCCGGCUGCGCGGCGCUCUGUGCCCUGCUGUUGGCCCAGGUGGCUGUGCAGCAGGCACCUGCGUGCUCCGUGGGACCCGCAGCGGCCUCGCCAGGGAGCCCGAGCGCCUGGCGUCCCCCGGGUUCUGCGGCUCAGCCGGACUGGAUGGAAAAAGGCGAAUAUGACCUGGUGUCUCCCUAUGAGGUUGACCACAAUGGAGACUAUGUGUCCCACGAAAUCACACACCCUCAAAGGAGGAAGAGGGCGCUGGCCCAGCUCGGGGUGGAGUCUCUCCACCUUCGGCUGAAGGGCUUCAGGCACGACUUCCACAUGGAGCUGAAAGCUUCCAGCAACCUGGUGGCUCCCGGAUUUAUCGUGCAGACACUGGGGAAAGGAGGUACUAAGUCCGUGCACACCUUCCCGCCUGAGGAUUUCUGUUUCUAUCAAGGCUCCUUACGAUCCCACAAAAAUUCCUCGGUGGCUCUCUCAACGUGCAGAGGUUUGUCUGGCAUGAUAAGAACACAAGAAGCAGAUUACUUCCUAAAGCCGCUUCCUCCACACCUAGCGGGGAGACUGCAGGACCCCGCCGGGGCUGGGCCCCCCUCCCACAUACUGUACAAGAGAUCAGCAGAAGUGCGGGCUCCGGGGGCUCCCCAGGCUGUCAUGACCGAGAGGGAUCGGGAGCUGGGGAAUCCACACCUGCGAGGCAGCUUCAACCUCCGGCACCCACCAAAGCAGCAUUUCUGUGGAAGACGCAAGAAAUACAUGCCCAAGCCUCCCAAGGAGGACCUCUUCGUCCUGCCUGACGAGUACGCGUCUUGCUUACGGCAUAAGCGCUCUCUGCUGAAGUCCCAUAGGAACAGAGAGCUGAACGUGGAGACGUUGGUGGUCGUCGACAGGAAGAUGAUGCAGAACCACGGCCACGAAAAUAUCACCACCUACGUGCUGACCAUACUCAACAUGGUGUCUGCUUUGUUCAAAGACGGAACGAUAGGAGGAAACAUCAACAUUGCAAUUGUAGGUCUGAUCCUUCUAGAGGAAGAACAGCCCGGGCUCGUGAUAAGCCACCAUGCGGACCACACGUUAAGUAGCUUCUGCCAGUGGCAGUCGGGAUUGAUGAGCAAAGACAGCACGCGCCACGACCAUGCCAUCUUGCUGACGGGUCUGGACAUAUGUUCCUGGAAGAAUGAACCCUGUGACACCUUGGGAUUUGCGCCCAUAAGUGGAAUGUGUAGUAAAUAUCGCAGCUGCACAAUUAAUGAAGAUACGGGUCUUGGACUGGCCUUCACCAUUGCCCAUGAGUCUGGACACAACUUUGGCAUGGUCCAUGAUGGAGAAGGGAACGUGUGCAAAAAGUCUGAGGGCAACAUCAUGUCCCCCACGUUGGCAGGACGCAACGGGGUCUUCUCCUGGUCACCCUGCAGCCGCCAGUACCUGCACAAAUUUUUAAGCACCGCCCAAGCGCUGUGCCUCGCGGAUCAGCCGAAGCCUGUGAAGGAGUACAAGUACCCCGAGAAGUUGCCGGGAGAGUUAUAUGAUGCCAACACUCAGUGCAAGUGGCAGUUUGGAGAGAAAGCCAAGCUCUGCAUGCUGGAUUUUAAAAAGGAUAUCUGUAAAGCCCUGUGGUGCCACCGGAUCGGAAGGAAAUGUGAGACUAAGUUUAUGCCCGCAGCAGAAGGCACUAUUUGUGGGCUUGACAUGUGGUGCCGUGGAGGAGAGUGUGUGAAAUAUGGCGACCAAGGCCCCAAGCCCACCCAUGGUCAUUGGUCAGACUGGUCUUCCUGGUCCCCCUGUUCCAGGACCUGCGGAGGAGGGGUCUCUCACAGAGACCGCCUGUGCACAAAUCCCAAACCAUCGCACGGAGGGAAGUUCUGUGAGGGCUCCACUCGUACCCUGAGGCUCUGCAACCGUCAGCAGUGUCCGCACAAUAGCCUUGACUUCCGCGCACUGCAGUGCGCCGAGUACAAUGGCAAACGGUUCCGAGGAUGGCGCUACACGUGGAAGCCAUACACCCAAGUGGAAGAUCAGCACUUAUGCAAACUCUACUGUAUCGCAGAAGGAUUUGAUUUCUUCUUUUCUUUGUCAAAUAAAGUCAAAGAUGGGACUCCAUGCUCGGAGGAUAGCCGUAAUGUUUGUAUAGAUGGGAUAUGUGAGAGAGUCGGAUGUGACCAUGUCCUUGGGUCCAAUGCUGUAGAAGAUUCCUGUGGUGUGUGCAGGGGCAAUAACUCAGACUGCACGACGCACAAGGGGCUCUAUGCCAAGCACCAUGGCGCCAACCAGUAUUAUCAGAUGGUCACCAUUCCUCCUGGAGCCCGGAGUAUUCGCAUCCACGAGAUAAACGUGUCUACCUCCUACAUCUCUGUGCGCAACGCUCUCAAAAAAUACUACCUGAAUGGACACUGGACGGUCGACUGGCCCGGCCGAUACAAGUUUUCAGGCACCACGUUUGACUACAGACGGUCCUCCCACCAGCCGGAGAGCUUAACCUCGUCUGGGCCAACCAACGAAACACUGGUUGUGGAGCUUCUGUUUCAGGGAAGGAACCCGGGUGUUGCUUGGGAGUACUCGGUGCCUCGGCUGAGCAGGGAAAAGCCUGGCAGCCAGCCUCGCUACACGUGGACCAUCAUCCGCUCCGAGUGCUCCGUGUCAUGCGGUGGGGGGCAGAUGACCACGAGGGCGGGCUGCUACCGAGACCUGAGGUUUCAAGUCAACACAUCGUUCUGUAAUCCCAGCACCAGACCUGUCACGGGGGUGGUGUCUUGCAAAGUAUCUGCCUGUCCUCCCAGUUGGUCGGUGGGCAACUGGAGCACCUGCAGCCGAACGUGCGGUGGGGGCAUUCAGAGCCGGCCCGUCCAGUGCACACGACGGGCCCACUACGUGUUGGAGCGAGUGGCGGCCAUCCUGUGUCCGCAGCCCAUGCCCUCCAGCCGACAGGCCUGCCCCUCUCAGAGCUGCCCGCCCGCCUGGAGCACCGGGCCCUGGGCAGAGUGCUCUCGGACCUGCGGGAAGGGGUGGAGGAAGAGGUCCGUGGCCUGUAAGAGCACCAACCCUUCGGCCAGGGCGCAGCUUCUGCCGGACGCCGUCUGCGGCUCGGAGCCCAAGCCCAGGACUCAUGAAGUCUGUCUGCUCAAGCGCUGCCUCAAGCACAAGAAGCUGCAGUGGCUUGUGUCUGCCUGGACCCAGUGCUCUGUUACGUGCGAAAGAGGAACACAGAAGAGAUUCUUGAGGUGUGCUGAAAAGCACGUUUCUGGGAAAUACCGAGAGCUGGCCUCCAAGAAGUGCUUGCACCUGCCGCGGCCCGCUGUGGAACUGGAACGCGCCUGCGCCCCACUUCCCUGCCCCAGGCCCCCCCUGCACACAGCUGCAGGCCCCCCUCGAGCCAGCUGGUUUGCCUCGCCCUGGUCUCAGUUACGGGUGGACACAGGGAGACAAGACCCUUCUUGCUGACACUGCUGGAUAAGGGCCACAGCACAUGCCACCCGAGUCGAGGGCGUUUCUAUUUGUAAGCCAUUAAAUUUGUACAAAAACUCACAGCUGCGAUUAUGUUUAUUUAGAGCAGAGGUUGUAAUGAUGAGGCCCUCGAGGGCUGUAGUCUCUCAUCCUGACCUGAGACCUUGGUCUCGGGGACAGUGGGGAGCGCCCCGGUGGGGAGCAGCUGCAGACUUGGAGAGAGAGCACCCCGCCCCCCAGGCCCCAGGAAGGAGACAAAAAGGGAGAAGCGUUCAUGGGUCUCCCCGGAGGGGAGAGAUGUCAUCACAGUGGGACAAGGAAGGUAUGAGACCUCAGACUCUCAGGAAUAAAAGUGGAUUUGUUUACUAGCUGUUCCUGAGUUCGGGAGCUGAGCCUGCCCUGCAAGAACCCCUUGGCACUCGUGGGUCCCGUGAAGGGGGGGGGGCAUGAAUAGAGCCUUUGAAUAGAGCCAGCCAACCAUCAGCCAGGAGCUCAGAGCAGCAGGCAUCCCCAGCCUUUUGCCGUCGGGCCAGAGACACACAGUCAUCCCUGUAAUUUAAAAGAAACCCAGAGGCAGACAUUAUUUUGAAAAUGUAUCUCUUUGGAUUUCUGAUAAUGACUAAGAGUGAUGAUCAGUUUUCCCCAGUCACCUCUUCAGAGCAAAUGCAGCGCCUUUGGUGCGGGAUGUCCAACAAAGCACGGGGAUUGUUCCUGAGACAGACGAAGUCCAGAAGGGAGAGCGUUUUCAGGAUUUCAGUGUUCUGGAAAAUGUGCGCUUAGCAGGUCGCCGCUCAGACCCCCGGGGAGUCUGAGACUGGCACACCCACAGGGGUCGACUCCGAGGGCGUCAGCACGGAGGGCUCCCAGGAGGUGCCGUCACAUUCGACAAGGUUGUUGAAUCCUGGGAUGGCAAGAAGACCCAGUUUGCUGACCUCGGGGUGGGGGGGACGCUCCCCCUGGACCACAGCUGAUCCCCCCUAGUCGGGCAGUCUUGGAAAGGGCCCUGCCUUAGCUGUGCCUGGCCUCAGGCCUUGGAUGAGGGAGGCAGGCAUGUGGAGUUGAAGGAUGAGAGGCAAAGCAGGGGCCCAAGGACCUGGAAGAGGCUGGUGUUCGUGGAGGGAGCAGCCCGGGGAUGUUCUUCAGAGGGUGAUGCUCCUCCUUCACCUCCUGCGCCCCCGCACGGGGGGCUGGAACUGCCUCACUGCCCCCUCAGCAGAAAGACCCAGAAUUGCCCACCGGCAGGCCAUCCUUUGCCCCCGGCGAGUGUGGGCCUCAGCAGGAGACACAGACCGUAAAGAAAAACGUUUGCGAAUGUUGCCGAGCUCCGGUGGUGGCCCUACCAGGGCUGAAGGCAAGAAGAGGCUCCCCUCGAGGAGGGGCACCGGGUCCUCCCUUGUCUGCAGCAGGGACACCCGGGCAGAAGUAAGCAGGUUGGGGGUGGGGGUGGGAGGCAGUCCACGAGGCUGCCAGGUGACAGUGACACAGGAAGUCUCGGCCCCUUUAUGAGAGGGCCGGCUCCCCUGAUCGCACACUGGCCCUGUGCACACUCUACUCGGACUUAGAUGUGGCCGGACUUGGCUCUGAAAACUAAAAGACGAGAGGAAAAAGUAAUUGCCGACGCAGCUCUGGUCAGCUAGAGGGUGGCUCUGCGAGCCUGGCCCGGCCUCCAGCUGAAGCGCUGUGCGGAGAAAUGCAGGAUCUCAGGUCCCACCCCGGCUGCCGAAGCUACAGGUUUGGGAUGGGCCCAGCAGGUGGCUGGCCUGCACGUCGGCUUCGAGAGCCGCUGACCUGGGCUGGAGCUAUCAGCCAUGGGGCCUGGAUGGAUGGCCCUGGCACUCGUCCCCGCGUGUAGGUCGAGGGACAAGGGCAGUCCCCCGUCUCUGCAGCACAUUGCCCCCCUGCAUCCUGCCAUGCACAGGAAGAAUUACCCAAAAUGCUCACAUUAAACCCCAUCAAGUUAAAGAAGAUGCCAUCGGCUUUGACUUCCAGAUCCAAUCCCAGAGUCUCUCUUCACAAAGCGUGAAGGAUCGCAGUUCGAGUAGGGACAGGAAAUCCUGGGGACGGGCGACUCCCUUGCGUCCAGCACUCGGCAUCCAGUGCCUAGAUCGGCCCCUGGUACGUGGGAGGGAGUGAUUCAGGUUGUGAAUAAAUGAGUCUGUGACAAAAAGAGUCAAAUCACUUCUUCAUGAUUUUAAGUGGUGCAAAAUGAUGGCUAGAUCUCUUGUGUUCAACUGAGACACGUCGUUAGCAAGACUGGACUUCGGCCCCGGCUGAGGCCAAUGCCAGGAGCUCUGCCGAUGGCAGAGAGGUCGUGGACGCGAACAGAUGCAGAUGUGAUGCGGGCGAAGCCGUGAGCCCUGGGCCAGUUCCUCAAGCUCUCGGUGGGGCCAUAGCUGGGAGGGGCUCGGAGGGCCAAGUGCAAAGCUGGAAACAUGCUGCGGCGGCCUGCUCGGAGAGGUGCAGUAGGCAGGGGGCAACAUGGGGCUCCAUCAUGGAUGAGGCUGCUAAUUCCGACGCCAGACGCGGAUCUGCCCACACCGUUCUUCUUUUUCUGAUUGCUGCAGUCAUUUAUUGAACCUGAGUUAUUGACGACUUUCACCGAAGUCGGGCUUGAAGAGAAAGGGCUGGGCCUCACGGAAACGUUCCAGACCCACGUGCAUAUCAGCGGGAGCCCUGCGUCUUCACCUCCGGGGACCCUGCUCACAGCGGGUCCUGGGAAAGAAGCAGGAGAGCAGCGGGCUUUUCCCUUGCAGGCUGACCUCAGCUGUGGAAAGCCAGCCCAGGGCGGGCUAAGUGCACUUGCUCGAAGGGGGGUCUGGCGUGCCGUCUUGUACAUUUUGGCAACCAGCCUGUGCCGUGGACAUACCGGUUCUGCACAGAUCUAUCCUUGCAUUUUACAGGAUUUAGCGUCCCCAGCACGCUCCAGACGACUGCAAUGUUAUCUGACCCCCUCUUCUUGCAGGUGCUCCUUAAUUGCCUACAUUCUUGACAUUUUUGAACGAGGAGCCUUUUUGGAACACAAUUUACGUAAUUCAGUGAAGACUUCAAGUAGCUCUCUGGACAGAUUCACUGCUUGCUGGUUGGGGCUCCUCCGUCUCUCUGAUGUCUUGCCCACCAUCCAGCUCAGAUGGACCCGCGCACAUAGUCUGUAGGCUGUGCGCCUGGCAGCUGGGGGAGGAUGACCUAGCCGUGCGGCUCAUCCGUGCCCUGGUUCCAGUGUGCUAGAUUGCCUUAGAAUACCAGGGCCUAUGUGUUCCAGAGCCAUGCCCAAUGGGAGGAUGCCAGCGAGCCCAGGCUCCUGGUGUGGCCACCUCCAUGCAGGCAUCCAGACUCCGGGAACUUGGGGUCUAGAAGGGACUUCGUUUCAUCGUGCCUCUGUGGAAGUUGGCUUGUCAAGGUUUUCCCUGGCAAGAGUCCCAGAAAAGGUGCCUGAGUGAUGGCCUUCCACGAAGGGCAUUGUUUCUGGUUCUAGCCCCAGAGCCCAGUAGACCCGGGGAACGAUCCUGGUACCCCCAGAUAUGCUCCAGUUUCCUUGUGUUCAGCAGACACGGACCACUCAAAAGCAUGUUAGACCUCCAGUACUUGCCCCCUCUGUCCACACCUGGGAUUAAUCCGGAAUCUGGUCCUCUUCCCCACAAUCACUGAGGAGUCUGGGUGGAGGGGAGGAGAGGGUGCCCCGGGCCCCGGGGGCCCCGGAUGACCGCUGUGCAUGUGUUUCUCCCAGUGCACGGCCAGCUGUGGGGGCGGCGUGCAGACCAGGGCCGUGCAGUGCCUGGCGGGGGGCCGGCCGGCCUUGGGCUGCUUCGUUCACCAGAAGCCCACCGCCUCCCUGGCCUGCAACACCCACUUCUGCCCCAUCGCAGAGA